AUGGCUUCUCACCACGACAGUGGUGGCACCGCCGCCAAAUGCAUUGUCGACUCCCACAUCCACCUUUUCCCGGCAUCCCACAUGCCGCGGCUGAACUGGACUGGCGACCUCCCCGCAGACCAUCGCUUGAACAGACAGUACUCCCUCGACGAGUACCGCGCCGCCACACAGUCCCAAUCCAAAGAGCUGCGAGGCUUCGUCUUCCUCGAGACCGACCGCAUAUCAGGGCUGAAGGAUACUCAAUGGCAGGAUGCCCUGGAAGAAGUAGACUUCUUGGUCCGGAUCGCCCAAGGUAAUCCACGAGAAGGCGAAGGCCACCGACCCGAGGACGCCAGGUUGGUCUUGGGGAUCGUGCCGUGGGCACCAGUGCCAGCCGGUGCGGAGAGUGUCGCAAGAUACGUCGGACACGCCCAAGAGCGCGCGGGCGAGGCCUGGCCUCUCAUCAAAGGAUUUCGAUAUCUCGUCCAGGACAAGCCCGCCGGGGUGAUGCUCCAGGAAAAAUUCAUAGAAGGACUGCGAUGGCUGGGGGAACACGGUCUCACGUUCGAUCUGGGUCCCGACGCCCGGUCUGGCGGCCUGCACCAGCUCCAGGAAGCGUGUGCGAUGAUGGAGCGCCUCUACGCCGGCGGGAACGGCCCGAGGAUCAUCAUCAACCACUUCUGCAAACCCAACCUGCGGCUGUCUGCCCAAGAAGCCCCCGCAAACCGCGACUUUACGCAGUGGAAGGACUGCAUCGAGCAGAUGGCCCGACACCCGUCGACCUAUAUCAAACUCUCCGGCCUGUUCUCUGAACUGCCGGAACAAGACGAAGCCCAUCCGACAGACGUCGCCGCCCUCGUCGAGCGCACCAAGCCCUGGGUCGACGUCGUCUUCCACUCCUUCGGGCCGUCGAGGAUCAUGUUCGGCUCUGAUUGGCCCGUGUGCAAUGUCGGCGGGCCCGGCAUCGUCAAGUCAUGGAGUCACUGGCACGACUUCGUGGAGGCGAUUCUCGCCUCGCAGAACUCGACAGCUGAAGAACAAGCUCAGAUCUGGUCCGGCACGGCGGUCAAAGCAUACGGUAUCACGUUGCCCGUUUCAUGA